AACAAGAGCGUACUAGAACACGCUCCAUGUUCGGUCGGAAUCCUCGUCGACAAGUGCAAUCUCCACAGCCCAGUGGUCGGACAAUCCUUCUGGAACUCAGCGCAGCAAUUCGCCGUUCUAUUUCUAGGAGGAGCAGACGCACGAGAAGCACUCGCUUACGCCGACAGAAUCCUCGGCAAUGAAGACGUGUGCGUGUCGGUGGUUCGCUUCCUAUCACACAAUUCAAGAGGCGACAACGAGUUCGAGAAGAAGCUAGACGACGGCAUGGUGACAUGGUUCUGGGUUAAGAACGAGACCAACGAGCGAGUGAUUUACAGAGAAGUGGUGGUGAGAAAUGGAGCAGAGACAAUCGCAGCCAUUCAAUCAAUGAACGAUGAUUCUUAUGAUCUUGUGAUCGUGGGAAGAAAACGAGGGGUCAACCCUGUGUUGCUUGAAGGGCUGUCCAAUUGGAGCCAAGACAAUGAAU